AUGGACCUCCACCGCGGCAGCAAGCAGCAGGCGCCGUCCUCGCCUUCUCGGACCUCUCCCGCACCACGGCUACCGCGCCUCCGACCAACCUCGCGCCGCGCCUGCAGCACCACCGGCCGCCGCCAUCAUCGCCCGGAUCGCCCGCCGCCUCGCAUCUCUGACCUCAUCGCCCUCUUCCUCGUCCUCCUCCCCGUCGCCCUCGUCGGCAGCGGCCCGGACGCCGCCCUGUCCACAUCACCGACGCCCUUCCGCUUCCUCGAGCCAACGGCCAUGCCCUGCAGCUCCUCUGUGAGCACCCCGUCAGGCCCCUCUCCUCUCUCCCUCGCACGCCGUCCCUACCCGACCGCGCUUCGCGCCGCCUCGGCCGCGUCAUGCGCUCUGCCCUGCCCUCCGCUCCUCCCGUGGCACUCGUUGCCGCCCAGCACGUGCGGGCCAGCGCCUGGCUCUGCCCCGGCCCCGCCGGUCACCGUGCCGCCUCGCUCCGCUGUGGCUGCGGCCACCUCCGGCGACGUGUCGUCGCCCGCUCGGUCCUCAUACGGGUCGGGCGCGCGCAGCGCCUAG